AUGAAGCACCAUCUGAUGGUCGGGACGUGGACCGCCCCCGGGCGCAUCUACACUGUCCAAUUCGACGAUGAGGCCCUCACCUUGGACCUGGUCAAAAAGACCGACAUUCCCGAGGCCGAACCCAUCUCGUGGAUGACCUUUUCCCACGACAAGAAGGCCAUCUAUGGCGCCGCCAUGAAAAAGUGGAACAGCUUCGCUGUCCACAGCCCGACCGAGAUCGUGCACCAAGCAUCGCACCCGGUUGCCGGUCAUCCUCUCGCCCCGAGCGCGGACACCAACACCCGCGCCAUCUUCGUGCUCGCGGCCCAUAAGCCCCCCUUCAAUGUCUAUGGCAACCCCUUCUACAAGUACGCCGGGUACGGGAACGUCUUCUCGGUCAAGCCGGACGGAGCUCUUGACGCCAAUGUCCAGAAUUAUGAGUACGACCCCAACACCGGAAUUCACGGUAUGGUGUUCGACCCCACCGAGACCUACCUCUACUCCGCAGAUCUCCAGGCCAACAAGAUCUGGACACAUAAGAAGGAUGCGGAGACGGGUCAAUUGACCCUGGUCGACUGCCUGGAGGCCCCUGAUGCCGGUGACCACCCUCGUUGGGUCGAGAUGCACCCCAGCGGCAAGUAUCUAUAUGCGCUGAUGGAGGCGGGCAACCGUCUGGCUGUCUACGUAAUUGACGAGCGCACCCACAAGCCGGUGUUUACCCAUAUCACCUACCCGCUCCUCCCGCCUGGUCUUCCGCCACGCAACAAAUACCGCGGCGACGUGACCUUCACGACCCGCAGUGGUGAGUAUCUGUUUGCGACCACCCGGUCCAACCACUUCGAUGUCACCGGCUACAUCACGGCGUUCAAGCUAGGCCCCUCCGGCGAGAUUGAGCGCCAGCUCUUCAUCAACCCCACCUCGACCAGUGGCGGUCAUUCCAACGCGGUCAGCCCCUGCGACUUUAGCGAUGAGUGGUUGGCGCUGUGCGACGACCAGCUGGGUUUUGUCGAGAUGUACCGCUGGCACGACGAGAAGCUGGCCCGCGUGGCCCGCGUGGACAUUCCAGAGCAGGGCUUUGGCAUGAACGCCAUCUGGUAUGAUUAA